AUGGUCGGCCCCUCAAACUCUGUUCCUCAGAUCGCAGAUGUCGGGAACGAUGCACUAGGAAAAGACAUGCGCAUUCGCAUUCAUGUUGAAGGUUGCCGGGGGUUACCCCAGCUCGGUUACGGCUGUGAUCAACUUGACGAUCUCGCCUUAUUUUUCGUUAGAUUCAGAACCAUCUCUUAUUACGACGACAUUGAAGGGGAAACCAAGCCUGUCCUGGAGGGAAUGAAAUCGCUUCGCGGAACAGUUCAAUGGAAUGACGAUUUGUACCUGGAUUGUCUGGAACAUAGCCUCGUCAACAUCGUACUCUGCACUACCCUCUUUGGUGAAUACAACGUGUGCGGGGCGUGCAUUCCGGUUCGUGACCUGUUCACCGUUGGAAAGGUACCACUCACUCCCGAGCUAUACUGCGACCCGGCUUUCAAGCUUAGGCGAAAGCCGCCGGACCUGACGGGGUGCACCCUCUUCCUCUCAGCAUCUCUGCCUUCUGAUGGCGAGCUUCUGUGCAAGGACGACUCGCCCAAACGUAGCAUCAGACGUACGGCCAGAAUGAGAGCGCGUAACCAGUACCCAUUGCAACCCAGGCUCAUUCGUGGCGGGCCAGAAUUGCUGCAAAUCAUGGAUCCCUGGCACACCGUCCUUGGCACAGUAUCGGAUCUUGUUCAUAAUAUAGGUCCUUUGAAGAUUGGUGGAGAUCGCGAUGCCUUCAUCGUUCAAGAGGGUAUGUUCUACUCGUAUUAUGCUCUCCUACAUGAUAGGGCCCCUAUUCGCCACACGAAAAGAGACUUCCUGCUGAUGUCCAUGGUGACAACGUUGGAGACCAUCCUUCGUCUCCCUUACGCAUGCCUCAAGAAUGGUCAGGAACACCUACGCGUCGCAUUCGAUGCGUUAAAUUUGUCGGCUCGCUAUGUCACAUGGAACAUACAUGAGACGCCUAGCACCCCUGAAUUUCAUCGUGUUUCCGCCGCCACUUUCGAUGACACGGGCUCAGCAUUGGCCAGAAUUGUCUGGCUGAUUGCUACACCGAGCCCAGCAUCUGCCAUCGCCGCCAGCACGUCACCCUCCGCGAACAAGCGCGCCACUUCGGCGUCCAUUGCAAAAGACACCAUCAUCCUGGUUCUCGAAGCAAUCGCUCAAUCCACAGACGCGUUCCCACCACUCAAGAGCGCUGCUAGCGGACUCAUGUUCUUCGUGACGUAUGCGGAAAUGGCAUCCAGCAGCAAGAAACAGAUCCGUGACAUAUAUAGGCGUAUAGACGACCUCGCCGUUUCACUGCAGCGCGGCACCGCACAUGGUGAACCGAUCUCGCCGGCGCAUCAAGAUGCCAUCGAAACCCUCGCCCGUGAUGUAACCGAACUCAACCAAGACCUCGAGGACAUCGUGAAGGAACGCAAGAGCCGCUUCAAGCGAUACUUCAGCGCUAAACGGCAUCGCGAAGAGUUGAAGGACGUCAUAUGGCAGCUGGAUAAUGCACGGAUGAAUUACAUGACCGCAGUCGCGACAUUGAACGCGACGACAAGCGCCCGAAUUCUCGCUCAUGUGCAGGCCAUAUCUCUUGUCAUGGGUGUCAACCCUACACCAUCGCUUCUUGGACCUCGCAGGAACCUCGUUACGUUUCCUUCCGGGACAUCACGUAUCGAGGAAACUUGA